UCCGCGCCCUCGUUGGGGGCCAUGGGCUUCUCAAGGCCCCGUCUCGGUGGCCCCGCUCUCACCUCCCUGGUUUCCUCGCAGCUGGAGAGAUGGCCGCCCAGUGCGUGACCAAGGUGGAGCUGAACGUUUCCUGCGCCAACCUCCUGGACAAGGACAUCGGAUCCAAGUCGGACCCUCUGUGCGUGCUGUUUCUGAGCACGAGCGGCCAGCAGUGGUACGAGGUGGAGCGCACCGAGAGGAUUAAGAACUGCCUGAGUCCCUCCUUCUCAAAGACCUUUAUUAUCGAUUACUACUUCGAAGUGGUUCAGAAACUGAGAUUUGGGGUUUAUGACAUCGACAACAAAACCAUCGAGCUGAGUGACGAUGACUUCCUGGGGGAGUGCGAGUGCACCCUCGGACAGAUCGUCUCCAGCAAGAAGCUGACCCGGCCGCUGGUGCUGAAGAACGGCAGGCCCGCGGGCAAGGGCAGCAUCACGAUCUCAGCGGAAGAAAUUAAGGACAACAGAGUAGUCCUGUUCGAAAUGGAAGCAAGAAAGCUGGAUAACAAGGAUCUGUUUGGAAAGUCGGAUCCUUACCUGGAAUUCCACAAGCAGACGUCCGACGGAAACUGGCUCAUGGUCCAUCGGACAGAGGUUAUUAAAAACAACCUGAAUCCUGUUUGGAGGCCCUUUAAAAUCUCCCUUAACUCCCUGUGCUACGGAGAUAUGGAUAAGACUAUUAAGGUAGAGUGCUACGACUACGAUAGCGACGGGUCACAUGACCUCAUUGGGACGUUUCAGACCACCAUGGCGAAGCUGAGCGAGGCCUCCCGGACCUCACCUGUGGAAUUCGAGUGCAUCAAUGAGAAGAAGAGGCAGCGGAAGAAGAGCUACAAGAACUCGGGUGUCGUCAGCGUGAAGCAGUGUGAGAUCACGGUGGAGUGCACCUUCCUCGACUACGUGAUGGGCGGAUGUCAGCUGAACUUCACCGUGGGCGUGGACUUCACUGGCUCCAACGGGGACCCGCGGUCCCCCGACUCCCUUCAUUACAUCAGCCCCAAUGGCGUGAACGAGUACUUGACUGCCAUCUGGUCCGUGGGGCUGGUCGUUCAGGACUACGAUGCUGAUAAGAUGUUCCCAGCAUUUGGGUUUGGAGCACAGAUCCCUCCUCAGUGGCAGGUCUCACAUGAGUUUCCCAUGAACUUCAACCCAUCCAACCCCCACUGCAAUGGGAUCCAGGGCAUUGUGGAGGCAUAUCGGGCCUGCCUGCCUCAGAUAAAACUCUAUGGGCCCACGAAUUUCUCCCCCAUCAUCAACCACGUGGCCAGGUUUGCUGCCGCAGCCACACAGCAGCAGACAGCUUCUCAAUACUUUGUGCUCCUGAUCAUCACGGACGGCGUGAUCACAGACCUGGACGAGACCCGGCAGGCCAUCGUCAGUGCCGCCAAGCUGCCCAUGUCCAUUAUCAUCGUCGGGGUGGGCGGUGCCGACUUCAGCGCCAUGGAGUUCCUGGACGGUGACGGUGGGGCCCUGCGCUCCCCGGCAGGCGAGGCGGCGGUCAGAGACAUCGUGCAGUUCGUGCCUUUCAGACAGUUCCAGAACGCUCCCAAGGAGGCGCUGGCACAGUGUGUCCUGGCCGAGAUCCCCCAGCAGGUGGUCGGCUACUUCAACACCUACAAGCUCCUUCCCCCCAAGAACCGCGAGGCCACCAAGUGAGGUCCUGCCCCUGUCCCGGACCCGUCACCUCACGGACUUGCCCCGGCCUUCACCGUGUAACCCAGUUCUCUGCAAUUCUCUACUUGAUGCCCCUUUUAUUCUUCCUGGAGGGAAAGUGCUAAGUGAGUCUUUGCCAAUCAGCCCAGCGGUGACCCCUGAUUUCUGGUGAUGGCAGUACGGCCGCCUGGAGUGGACACUCAGGCGAGGAAGGCCGGCUUUGUUGUGGUCUUUUCCUUCCAUGGGAUGGAAACGCAGUUUUGAACAUUUCUCUGUGGAAAGAACGGGACCUGCUGGGAUGGUGCCAUUUCUGGCGUGCUGUGUGUAACAAGCCCAGGUGCAUCUCGGUGGCGAGCCCUGAGUCACUGACAUGGGAUCUUCUUGGGGUCAAUCGUCCCAGGCUUCCUGGCAGCGUAGACACAGCACAGUUCACGGCCGGGCCUCCUGCAGAGCGCUGAGCAGCCAGGUGCACCCUGGCCUCACGAUACAGUCAGUGACCAAAGCCUCGUGCCAGUGGGUGUGCACGUUUGCGCCCCGACUUCGCUGUGCCUGUGGGACGCUGUCCCUGAGCCUGGGGUCUGCGUGUGCCAGCGGGAGCAGGUCCUGGAAUCCCCGUGACUAGAGCGUCGUCACUGGCACUCGUGAGUGGCUCAGGCUGCUCUCUGCUGGAGCCGCGGGACCAGGCCGGGCGCCACGGCCUCAGCAGCAGCUGCACUCGUUGAGGACAGUUCCUCACUUUGCUUCAAGGCCCCGAACACUCAUCUGACACUUUCAUUUAGACAUUUUCUCCUUUUUUUUAAGUAGCAUUUUUCAGUCUGAUUUUUAAACUCAUGACAAUCAAACUCAUUUUCCAUUUCAAUAAUGUGCUAUGUCCUAACCCAGAAUGUAUUGUAUAAGCAUAAAAUUUGUUGUAACUUUUAAAAAAUCCAGCUUCUGUCUUAAGAUACAGUGGACGUGACAUGCUUUCUUUGUGAGAACUCCCGAUACUCACCCGUUAGCACAGGUGACUCAGCAACAUUGUACCAUCGGCGCAGCUCCGCGGUGCCCUGCCGAGGACCUGUGUGCCAAGUCCCGCGUGUCACACAGUGGCCAGUCACCUGUAAGAAUUCAGUGCUGAGCCUGUGUGCUGGUCACAUUCCUCAGGGGUGCCUGGGGCCUGCCGACAGCGCUCAGUCCUGGAACCGCCCUUGGCUCCUGUCCCGUUCUCUGAUGUGUGGGGGGGACCCAUCCGUCCAACAGUUUGGAGCCCUGUUUCCUGUGUUCUGACUCAGCUCUGUGCUUGGAAGCAGCACACAGAUGUUGCUGGUUUUCAGUUUUCUUUUAAAUGCACUCCCGGCUCCUCCUUGCUCCUUAAGUCCAGCCAGCUCCUGCAGCACCGGUGUCGCCUACGGGGGCCGCUGGGGAGCCCCGGCCUGAGCUCAUCAGCUUCAUUGCCCCUUCCCAGCCCUGAUCCCACUGCCCAGCUGACUAGAUUCUCACAGUUCAUAUUCUGGUUUUAACCAGAAAUGUUUCCUGUUUAAAAUUAUUUUAUUCCUUCUUGACCAGGUUCAUCAGUAGCUGCUGUUUCUCAUAAGAACUGUGAUCCCAGCACAUUAGGGUGGUGGAUAUCGUUUUUCAGUUUGAAUAAAAGCAGUUAAAGUUUCUAAAUUACUUCAUAAAGUCCUUACAGUUCCUACAUGUCACCUCAUCGCAUGUGACUUCAUAUUGUUUUAUAUUAAAUGGCCCCUUUGCCCAUUGUGCCACCCUCCGAGCGCCCCUGGUUCUCAGAGUGCAUUGAAAGACAAAGUAAGCCAUGGACGGCCACACCCCUUCAUCCACAUGUCUCCCAAGAGCUGUCUUCAGUCCGUCUCUCCCACCUGCGGCUGAUGGUCUCAGACGAACAGAACGUGUAGCGAGAGGUCAGAGUGACUGCAAGAGCUGUUUUGUGCUGUUUGGGCGCCAUCCCUGACAACAGUGUGUAAGUCAGGAAUAAAUGAGCUGACUUGAGCACACCUUCCAGGUGAAGUCCCUCUGGAGCAAGCGAUUUCUUGAUGUGCUACAGCAGUGCCUUGUUUCAUUCAAUCUAUUCUUCCCUGAAUGUUGUCAAAACCAGUGGAAAAGUUGGAAAUAAAGCGAAUGUAGUAUAUUGGA